GCUACAAAAGAUAAUCAAAUGGUAAAAGUAAUUAAGUUCUAUCAUUGUUGGGAUAAAACAAAAGAAGGAAGUAAGACCAAAAAUGAAUAUUUUUAUCUGACCAAUUUUGUCACUGAAUUUCCCAUUUCAACUGCUAUUCCUAGUCAGUUAGACAAAUACGGCAGAAUAGAGAGCAAUAGCAAAGAAUUUGAACAUCUUUAUCAAGCCUUAAAGUUCUCAAACAAUAUUGAAGGGAGUAAAAAAAUGGAAAAAAUUAGGCUGCAGUCUACUCCCGAAAAGGCUCUUGAUAAAGCAAGAAUAAAACUUAAAUUUACUCAGCAUUCCAGAUUGGCCGAAAAAUUACUAAAUACUGGCUAUGCUAUUUUAAUUGAGAAUACGCAAAACAGUAAUGGUUCAGAUGGACGAGGGCAAAAUUGGUUAGGGCGGAUUUUAAUGGAAACCCGUUCUCUACUACGGAUUGAAAGGGGAUUAGGCAAGACCGAUGGUAAAAUAGAGGAAAAGUUAAAAAGGCAUUUAGAGGGAAAGGAUUAUAAGGAAUACGUGGAAUUAGAAAAUAAGAUUAUAAAUUUUGCAUUAAGUGGAGUUGAUCCAAUGCUGGAAGGAUUGAGGAACUCGCCUCCUGCUUUUUCUAUUGGUCUUUCUUCUUAUAAUGAGGAAAAAUUAGAAAGUUCAACAAAGGAAAGAGAAAAUACUUUGCCCUUUGUGAUUGAUGCCGUUGAUAGUGGUUCAGUUGCUUCCCAAAGUGAAAAAAAAGACUUUAUUUCUUAUUCUUCCUCGCCACCUACUCUCAGUAGGGAAAAUAAACACUGUUCUCCUGAGCCUUUUCCAUUAGAGAAUGAAGCCGAAACGCCACCAAAGCCCAUAAUUUCCCAAACUUCUUCUAGUCCUGUUCCCGACUGGUUAUUAGAAAACACUUUACAAAAAGAAGAGGGGCAAACUGAAUAUACUCUCCUCCCUCUUAUUCACAAAAAAUAUUCCUUGGCAACAGCUAACAAAGAAGAGUUAGCAAAAACUCUCAACGAUUUUUUGGCUAGCAAAUACGAGUCAUUGGGUAAAGAGGCACAGAAAAAUCUCAAUGGACAUAAAAAAUUAAUUCAGCGGGACCAAAACUCUCUUUUGAAAGAAGUUGCAGGUGAAGGGGAGAAGGAAGAAAAUAAAGAAAUUACUGAAUUAAGAAAAAAAAUUAGUUUUCUUUCUAACCAACUGGAAUAUGCAUUAAAACCACAAUUACAAGACUUAAAAGCAAGAUGA